AUGGUGGCACCUGUUUUUGAAGGCUGGAAUGGUCAUUUACCAAUGCUGUGCAACCAUGGCAGCUUCACUAUGGUCCAGAAAACACCAACAUACAUAGCCACAGUUCCAUACUACACACUACAGCUACCAGAUAACCCAUCAUCAACACUGUGCUCACUAUAUCAUCUUCCAUUCUUAAUGGCAAUAAAUCACAGCACCACUUGGGAUAUUACACACUAUAUGUGCCAGGAAUUGUCCAGUCAAACCUUCCCAGGAAUGAAUGCCCCCAAACCAGAUCCUCCACUCCACAUUCCAACACAUGGCAUUGUCACUAUGAAUCAGAUAGUGGCCAGCAUGCAUGUGGCAUACAAUAAUAGAAAGCAAAGCAGCAUUGAUCUGAUCCAGCUUUCUGAGCACCUUUCAGCUAUGGAAUUGGGGGUUGAUGAAACCUGGGAGGCAGGCCACCUGGCAGCACAUCCAUCAAGUCUCACUGGCUUUGUAGAUGAACCUAUGGUAAUCCUUGGUACUGGUGAUACCAUUGCAUUGUGGUACCUUCCCAGUGCCAUCACCAAUGAUUUGCAAGCAUCCCUGCAGACACACAUGCUUGCCACUCUGGACCCCCUUCACCAUGCAAUGUCCAAGAUCACUGGGGUGCCUGGAGUUUUCCCUGGCCAGGCACCAACAGGGGCAUAUGGUAUGGUUAUAUUACCUCAGGGUUGUGAAUGGUCCCAGCAGUCUUACCUCCUGGCUGCCAUCCUCUCUGGUGCACUUUCAAUUAUGCACCCAGGCCUGUAUGAUGCUGGAAGGCAAGCCAUGCAGUCAUUGGACACAUGGUUGAGUCAGCAUAACCAAGAUAUGCAUGAUGCCUUGCAGCACUGGCCUUCUUUGACAUGGGGGAUACCCCAUGGGGAUUGGAUGAGAGUUCAGAAUGUCUGGACUUGGUUGAUGCCUGCAGGUCCAAUAUUAUAUGCCAUCCCAAGCCAAGUUAUUUUCCAUAUACCUCCCCCAAAUAUCAACUAUGGCUGGCCCAUAAUUGGUGGAACACUUCAGCUCAAGCUGAAUCAGUCAGAUGGCACACUGGGAGAUUGGCUUGCUUGUUGUGCACAAGACCAUGGCAUAUGUGCCAGACUACAUGGAUUGGUGAUCAUAAUACAUGGGCUGAUUCAAGACAGAUGGGACACCAUAUCAUGGGCCUCCCAUACACCAUGA